AUGUUCGAUGUUCGCUCUGCAUUUUACGUAGCUUCGAAUCUGCUUGGUAGUUUCGUCAUCCCGGUCGCUAGUUGUACGAAGGGACGGGGUACUUGUAGAGACUUGAAGGCUCUCAACUCGGGUCUUCCCGAUUCGGCUAUAGCAGAUGCCGAAGGACACACAAAGUCGCUGAGAAACGGAAGGGGUGAGACAACGAUUAUUCACUGCCUUGAGAACAUGUCGUGUCAAGAUGAUGGUAGCCGCUUACUUGACUCUUGUACCACUCGGAGUGUGUACCUAGGACAUGCUAAGCCAAACGCUCAUCUCGACGUCAGAGAAUGA